AUGUCAGACAGCUCUUUAAAGCAAGAAUCUCAAGGCAACCCUGUCUCUGCUGGUGCUGAGUCAGGUGCAAACCCCAACGACGACAACAACAACAACAAUAACAACAACAGUAAUGAUAAUGCCAGUACUCUUCGAACAGAGAACCGUACCAUAAACGACGAUCUUGAUGAUGACGACGAUGGUGAACCUGGCUCUUCUAGGACGCCGAGGGAACGCCGUAAGAUUGAGAUCAAAUUCAUUCAGGAUAAGAGUCGUCGUCACAUUACCUUCUCCAAGAGAAAGCGUGGUGUGAUGAAAAAGGCCUACGAGCUUUCAGUACUCACAGGGACACAGGUAUUGCUGUUGGUGGUUUCAGAGACUGGACUGGUCUACACUUUCACUACUCCCAAGUUGCAACCUUUGGUGACUCGUCCAGAGGGGAAGAACUUGAUUCAGAACUGUUUGAAUGCCUCGGACGACCCGAGCCAACUUGACCCUCGAGGGCCAUUGGGUGAUUCCAAUGAUGUUCCAGGACAAUCUCAAGGAUCCUCUGGCCCAGGCCAUGGCGAAGGGUCUGCUACGCCUAACCAAGGCGAUGUUUUAGACGGAGGCCAUGGUCACCAGCAACAUGGUGCACCUAACUAUGCCCAUCCUGCUGCGGCAGCUGCUGUAGCUGUUGCUGCUGGAAAUCACCCACAUGGCUCUGGUGGUGGGAAUGAGAAUGCUGGAGGACCUGUCGGAGGACCUGUAGGGGGACCUGUGGGGGGCCCUCAAGGUGCUGGUCAAUCUGGCGGCCAAGUUCCUUACUUGAAUCCUGAUGGGUCGGCUGUAUACCACCCAUACUACUGA